GCCGAUUCUCCCAGAUACCCUCAACCCCCCGACAAUUCAACUAACCCUCCCACAGCCGGCAGGAUGAAGUACAUUCAUUCCCAGGAGCUCCUUGAGAUCCCCGAGGGGGUCAAGGUUGCCAUCAAGUCGCGAGUUGUCACCGUCGAGGGCCCCCGAGGCAAGCUGGUCAAGGAUCUCAGCCACCUGGCCGUCAACUUCACCGUUCCCAAGAAGAACACCAUCUCGAUCGAGAUCCACCAUGGUGUCCGCAAGAACGUCGCCACCCUCCGAACCGUCCGCACCAUCAUCAACAACCUGAUCAUCGGUGUGACAAAGGGCUUCAAGUACAAGAUGCGAUACGUCUACGCCCAUUUCCCCAUCAACGUCAACGUCUCCAAGAGCGCCGAGACCGACCUGUUCGAGGUUGAGAUCCGAAACUUUGUCGGCGAGAAGCUUGUCCGCCGCGUCGUCAUGCAGCCCGGUGUCGAGGUCGACGUCUCGACCGCUCAGAAGGACGAGCUCGUCCUCUCCGGCAACGACCUCCAGAACGUCUCCCAAAGCGCCGCCGAUAUCCAGCAGAUCUGCAGAGUGCGAAACAAGGAUAUCCGAAAGUUCUUGGACGGUCUGUACGUUUCCGAGAAGGGCAACAUUGUUCAGGAUGAAUAGACGCGGACACGGACACGGAUCUUGUUUCUUUUGCGUUUCUGGGUCUCAGGAGUGGCGAAGGUUCAUCGUUGCAUGUCACGUAGCAAAAAAAGAAUGGGCUACGAAACAAAUUUCAAAAAGCAAAGAGAUGAUGACUCUGGUGCCGGCACAAUCUUCUAUGAAAUCUCGCCAAAAAGUGCGUUUUGUGACGUUUGUGGAGCGAAGCGGGGGAAGAUUCAUUUUAGACGAGGGUUCUGGCCGCCUGUUAAAAAAAAGACAAUCACCCUCUUGUCAUUGGAAGAUGAUGAUGAGUUAGCUAUAUACCUGAGAAGCCAGGGCGAUCUUGGAUAUUGGAUCGUGUAAAAAACGAGCAAUUGAAGAGGUCGCUCGCUAAUCCAUUAAUGAACAACAGACACAUG